CUUAAAAGCUAUGAUGGCCCAACAAACGCAUAUUCUAUCCACAAUUAAACACCAUGCUAUGGAAAAACAAACAUCUACUUUACUUUCCUCUUUUUCUUCUAAUCCUUCCCCUGUUUUAAUCCUGUUCUUCUAUAAGCUUUCCCUUUCCCUCUCACAUACUCUCUUCCUCAAUCCACCCUGAAUUCCCCAAAAAGUCUGCUACCUUUCAUUAGCAACACUCCUUUUAAUGAAAAAACGACUUCGAAAUCGUCGUAAAUUUUCCUAAUCACCCCUUAAUUACCCUUUAUUAUACUUUCCUUCUACCCAUAUGGGCUCUGUUUUUCCCCUGUUUUUGAUGCUUCUCCCCCUUAUAUCAUUGGUAUCACCAUCUUCAUCUUCAGCAUCAUUUUCUUCAGUAAGUACAGAUACAUUAUCGACGUCGGACGAUAAAACAGUCCUUAAUAUUCGUUCUGCUCGUCUGCUUGAUCUUGCCAUUAGAGACUACACAGUUGGACUCUAUGAUGAGAUGAACUUCAGAACAGGAGAGGUAAACCAUGUAAAUUUACCAGCAAAUCUCUCUGGUAUUAAGGUUGAUACAGCGCGAUUUCGAUGUGGUAGUCUAAGGAGGUAUGGUGGUCGAGUUAAGGAGUUUUACUUAAGGAAAGGUGUUAUGAUUAAUCCUUGUGUAGAGAGAGUUAUACUAAUUAGACAAGAACUUGGGUUAAAUUGGUCUACUAUAUACUAUGAUAGUUAUAAAUUACAAGGUUAUCAACUUGUUACACCAAUUUUAGGCAUCCUAGCUUAUAAUGGUGGAGAUGAUUAUCAAAACAUAAGUAGUCCAGACCCAUUCGAGCUCCGAAUUGUUGCUGAUGGGGAUCCAAUUAAGGUGGAUUUUACUAAUAUUACUCAGAUUGAUUCUAAGAGUAUGAAGGAUAAAAUGCCAUAUUGUGCUAACUUUGAAGUGCAAGGUAAGGUGACAUUAACAAGUAUGGUGUCACCACAUGUUUGUGAAGCCAAGAAGCAGGGUCAUAUAGGGCUGGUGAUAAAGACUAUUGGUUCGAGCUCGCGCUCAUCUCCUCCAGCUGAGUACACAAAGGGGAUCAGUAGGUGGAAAAUCGCGGUAGGGAGCUCAGUAGGGGCUGCAUUGGGUGUCUUCUUGUUGGGGUUGCUCUUAGUUGCCAUGUUUGCAAAAGCAAAGAAGAGGUCGAAAUUGGAAGAUAUGGUGAGAAGGGCAUAUGAGGAAGAAGCUUUGCAAGUUACCAUGGUUGGGCAUGUGAAGGCUCCUACUGCUACUGCAACUAGAACUGUGCCUAUAAUUGAACAUGAUUAUAGACCACCAUACUUUUGAUGAUCCUAAUUGUAAUCAGAACUAGUGUUCUUGAUAGUUCAAUUUUUUCCAUUAAGUGUAGCUUGUAAGUUAAGGUUUGGCUUUGCAAUAUUGAGAAAAUGGGAUGAAAAAUGGAUUGUCUACA